AGCGGUUGAAUGACGGUUCUCCCCUAUAUUGACACUUCAGAGCCGAGACAACCGCCGGGAGCUGCACUGGCCUACAUUUUCACACCGCGUUUACACACAAUGAAAGAGGAACACCACCGGGGACGUUUCUUUUGUCAUUGCGGGAUGCUGCGGACCGUGUGAGACGGUCACGGUACGAUACGGCACCGAGGUUUUUCACAGGUUGAGGAUUCCGCUUUUGUCACCGAGCGGAGAAGCCGGAGUAAAAAAGUGAAUUCUAUAGUGUUAGAGUCAAGUGUUUGCGGGACACAUAUGAUCGCACUAAAAGGACAAACGGGCGGCUCCGUUUAAGUCCUGCUUAAAGACAAACAUCCGACCACAAUGACACUUCUACCGUCUGCUGGUGGAAGUUGACGCUCAGACCCGGACAACAGGCGGUGUGCGAGGAGGAAGACCCCCCUCCCUGUCUUGCACGUUUUGACAGAUAACCAAUCAAAUCGGUUACUUAAAGCCCGUGCUCUUAUGUCAGCGACCUAUAUCUCCUGCGUGUGCGCUGAGAGCCCACUGUAAGCUCACCACCUCACCAGACAGCAUGGGGAUCAACGGGCUAGACAAUCAGCCGUCGGGAGGAGUGUGCAGGACGGAGGAGCCGACUGCAGAUCCCCACACGGAGCGGAGAGAUGCUCCACAAGACGCAGACCAGGCUGUGGGCACCGUGCAGCUGAUCGAGGCCGGUUGCAAGCCGCCCUUGUCCUCGCAGUCCCCGGCUCCUGAUGCGGAGGUGGCGGGGAUGCACGGACAAGGAGCCGGAUUUGUCCCACCCGAGGGAGGCUUCGGAUGGAUGGUGGUGUUCGCUGCGACCUGGUGCAACGGCUCGAUCUUUGGGAUUCAAAACUCCUUCGGCAUCCUGCACAUGAUGCUGGUGAAGGAACACGCAGACCCAGACGACAAGACGUCUCAGUUCAAAGUGGCCUGGGUCGGGGCCUUGGCUAUGGGCAUGAUCUUCUUCUGUUCACCUGUGGUCAGCAUGUUCACUGACCACUUUGGCUGUAGGAAGACAGCUGUCAGUGGGGCAACGCUGGCUUUCCUAGGGUUGCUCACCACAUCUUUUGCAAACUCCCUUAGCCUUCGUUAUUUCACAUACGGCAUACUGUUUGGCUGCGGAUCCUCCUUCGCGUUCCAGCCCUCGCUGGUUAUCCUCGGCCACUAUUUUCGACGGCGCCUGGGCCUGGUCAAUGGCAUGGUGACAGCAGGUGCCAGCCUCUUCUCCAUGGGCAUUCCAGUGUUACUCAACAAGGUGGUGGAGCCUCUGGGCCUCAGCAGGACCUUCCAGAUCCUCAGUCUCUUCAUGCUGGUCCAGGCCCUGCUGGCGCUGACGUUCAAACCUUUACUGCCUGCUGGAGGAGGCAUGGGACCACCAGGCAUGGGACCUGGCGCUGCUGAGCCCCAAACCCAGUCAUGGGCUACUGCUCAGGAUGGGAGCAGGUGGAGCAGAGUUCUUGCUGGGCUCAGAAAAUACUUCAACCUGCGAGUGUUUCACAUCGUCACAUAUCGGCUGUGGGCGUUUGGAAUUGCUACGGCAGUUUUUGGCUACUUUGUGCCAUAUAUACAUCUGAUGAACUUUGUGAAGGAGGAGUUCAAGGACACUGAGAGGGAUUGGGUUCUCUUGGUGUGCAUAGGAGCCUCAUCUGGUGUGGGGCGUCUCGCUUUUGGGAAGAUUGGAGACCUCCUUCCUAGUCUUACGAAGAUCUACAUGCAGGUGGCGUCCUUCACAGUAAUGGGCCUGAUGUCGAUAAUGAUUCCUCAGUGUUCUGUGUUUGAGGGGCUGGCAGUUGUGUGUGUGAUCUUGGGCCUGUGCGACGGCUGCGUUCUCACCAUGAUGGCCCCCAUAGCCUUCGAGCUGGUCGGGCCCAUGCAGGCAUCGCAGGCCAUUGGCUACCUCCUCGGCCUGAUGUCUGUUCCCAUGACAGCAGGUCCACCCAUUGCUGGUCUACUACACGAUUACUUUGGGAACUACACAGUAGCCUUCUCCCUGGCUGGGGUGCCUCCUAUGGUGGGGGCCGUGGUGCUGUUCUUUGUGCCCCUGAUGCACUCGAGGCGCCAGCGGAGCCAGGCGUCGGCCGAGGAGACGUCCACGACUGCCCACAUGUUGCCCGCUGUUCCGCAAGCGGCGGAGCCCAAGAGCUGCUCCAACGGAGACAUGCUCCCUGGCUACACCGACGUGGAGACACACAUCUGAGUCGCACCGUACAAAAGGGAUUCAGCCCACCAGCACCUUUUCUCGUUCUAAGAAUGCCCUCCUCCCACCCCGUGCUUUCAACCAUGGACUUGUGAUUGCCGACCUUUAACCUCACCCAGCCCUCUUUGGCUGUUAAUCAUUUCCAUGCAGAGAAAAGUCAAAAAACGCCACUGCUGGCUAGCUGCUGCAGAGAGGACAAAAAAAAGGACACACCUGGGUUGGACGACGGACACGUUUGAGGAUAAGCACAACACACUCAACUAGGAUUGUUUUAGUCAGUGUGGACUCUGUACUAAUAUAUACAUUCUUUACCUCCAAGAGGAAAAAAAUGAAGAGAAUUUAACUGACAGGGGCGGUUUCUUAAUUUAUAGCCUUUAUGGCUAUAUAAAUAUACAAACUACCCCCUUUAGUAAUAUAAAGAACAGUCACGUGUAUGACUAAAAUGAUUCUUCUUUGUUUUUUAGAUUCCAUAAAAAACUAAUUUAGAGGAAUAUAAAAUAAGAACUAGUGAAGGGAUAACUUCAGCAUUUCUUUAUGUAGUACCUCACGUGUUUAGCAGUUUAGCUUUACUCCACUGUUUUCUGCCGAGCCAGCUGCAAGGGGAUCACGCGUAGAGUAGCCAUUGUUAAAUGUGAGCGACGGUUCUGUAGAAGAGAUCACACUCAAUCACGCUGUCGUUUCAACAAAUCAGCCAAGUCUGCUUUGAACGGGAGAGAUGUACGUGACUGUGAGCAGGUGUUGAUUUCUCCUCUCCCCCACAGUUUCGAUAUAUAUAGGUCAGUAGCAGGUCAUCGUAACUUUAAGGUGCGACGCGAGGGCUGAAACUACAUGGUCUCUCCUCACGAGUCGGGCUUGAGCUUUUGUUGUUUUUAAGAUUUGAACUCUACACUUUUAUUGGCUUUUUUUUUAAACUUUAGCAGGGGGACAAAUCCGCAUACACUGUGUUUGUUAUGACUUUUAGAUACAAUUCACUAGUGGCUUUGUAGUGUGCACACUGUAUCACUGUUAAAGUGAGGCAUGGGAUCAUGUAGUUCUGAUGGGGAGUGUAAUGGUGGUCAAUAGUGAUAGAUGUUCAUCAUGUUAACAAAAGGUGUUUUUCUGUCCCCCCCCCCCUCCAAACUUCCCUUCCCUGUGUGAAUGAGUGUGUGUGUCAUGCGAUAUGAAGCUAAUAUGUUAUAGUCUGUUGAUAAGAGGGGAUUCAAACUACCAAAUGGCCCGUUUCCUCAUGAGGGCACCUCACCGAAUUCGUUUGCUGCUGUAGUUUAGUCUCGAAACACACGGGGCAUCAACAACACGAAAACUCUGUUCCAUAAACACGGACCACUUACCUCUGCACUCUUAGAUUACAGUUUCCUUUGAACCAGCGAGACGUCAGCUGUAAUGAACAGAUGUGAAGUUGCUAUAACUGACAGUUUGGAGUUCCACUCUGUGGUCGUAUGCGUUACUGACGAGGAGAGCGUGGAGCAGGGGGGGGGGAAGGAAGGUAUUCCUCCUUUCUGCUGGU